GCGACCCCUUCCCAUCCCCCCUCACAGAGACAGGCCUCUUCCCGCAGCGAUUUUGGGACCGAGGGCAGCGCGCCGGUCACAGGGUGCCUGGCAGCCCCAUGGCCGCGGGGCGUGCGGGCACAGAGGGCAUGCUGCCGGCCACGGGCCAGGACGUGCCCUAGCCGGGGCUGUGGCAGUGCAGGUGCGAUGAGGCAGCUCAGCCAGCCAGCCCGGCCAGGCGAGCCGCAGUUGAUCGCCGAGCUCGUGGGCGAGCUGCCCAGGUUGGCAGACCCAGCCGACGUCAAGAGGAGGGUGACCGAAGCCCACCUCGCCGUUGGCUUCCUCCUCGAGCGGCAUGAGGAUGCCGCCCUCCUCGUCGACGCUCUUUGUCCAGAUUAUCCUAUCGUCGGGGUCAGCAGGGGCUUCGAGACGCUCACCGGCUUUACGCGAGAGGACAUGCUCGGGAAUAAUUGCCGUUGUAUUCUUCAUGGAGUGCCAGAGGUCGCGAUAUCCAAGUCAGUCAGGAAGAACCUUCGCGAUUUUUGCCGCAUGAGCAGGAUGCAAGGCUUGGACUUGAUCUCCGAGGUGGUCUCCGUGCAGCCAAAUGCUCGGCGCGAUGGUUCACAAUUCAUGAACUUCUUCAUGAUAGGGCGUUUGACGGUAAAGCGGCACCCCUACCUCUUGGGCGUGCAGGUGCCUAUUGGCGAGGGCCUUUUUGUCAAGCUCAAUGGGACGUUGUUGGAGCAGACUUUCGAGACCACCCUGACCGUGUUCAAGCGCACCCGGCAGGCGCUCCUUUCGAGCUUCCCCGAGGAAGUCCCGCAGGCGUGGGCUGCGGCUAUGCCCGGGGAGCUCGGUGCCCCGAGCUUCACUUUCUUCACGGAGCGUCUGCAGGACCACUGCCUCAUAUUAAACCGAGGCAGAACUGUGAUGCGGCGUGAGCCACAAGAGUUGUCCACGAAUUGUCUUGUUUUUGGCGGUCAGCCCGUCAAACAUACGCCGGAGGGCCUGUUUUUCGCGGUGCUCGUGGACGAUGUGGUGCCCACGUUCGAGGGCAUGCCGCUGAUCGGCUUCACGAAGCGGAAGCCUGUCGACGCUUCAACAUUGUAUCCUAAAGUGUCAAGAUGUCUUGGGGCAAGCGUUCUUGUUGGCGCUUGCGGAGAGGCAUUCGCAAGGGACCAGGACUCCCACUUCAAGAUAGGCUUCCGGCCACCCCCGCCAGACGAAGUGCAGAGUUGGCACUUGGACCCGGAUCUGCCGCCACACAAGCGCCGGCCACCCGUGGACGUGCAGUCUGGCGACGUUCUCGGGUGCAUGUACACGGCUGGCGGCAGGAUUCAGUUGUGGCACAACGGUACAGUGGUGCUCGAUUUCGACGUCGGGAGGCCAGUGGAGAAGGACGCGGACUACUACGCCGUCGUGGACGUGUGCCUUUCCACGUACUGCGUCACGGUAUUGCCGUGGCUCUCACCACAGGAUGGACGACACCACGUACAGGCUCUGGAGGUGCCGCGUGCGUUGGCAUCGAGCAGAAGUUCGCCUCCAGCUCUGCUCUCGCCAGCGUUGGCAUCAGCUGGAUCACCCGCUCACGAGGGCAUAGACGCAAUGGUGUCUGACGUUGUGAACGGAGCCCUUGUGAAAAAGGCAAUAAGAGCAGUCGUGGGAGAGUGCCAGUUCUGCGUGACCAUUGCAGAUCCGAAAGGCAACGAUAUUCCGCUGGUUGCAGUUUCAGAGGCGUUCGAAUCCAUGACGGGUUACAAGAGGAGCGAGAUUCUUGGCGUGAAUUGCCGGUUCCUCAACCAGGGAUGCCCCAUCUCUCCAAUGGAUUUGAUGGGCCUCAGGUUGGCGAGUGAGAGCGGCUCAACAUUUACAGCACUGUUGCCCAACCGGAAGAAGUCGGGGGAGAUGUUCAUCAAUCUGCUCGACCUUCGCGGCCUGACCAUAGCAAGGCAUCUCGAGACAGACGAGGAGUUGUGGUACCUCAUCGGCAUACAAGCCGACGUCACUGGCCUUACGGAGAGUGCGAUUCCAGAGGACCACUUGGCAGAGCUCCAGGAGCUAGCACGCAUGAUCCGUGGAAAGCUCAAGAAGGAGUUGUCCCAGCUGGUUGUCGACGGCGCUGUUGAUCGGCAGCUGACUUCCUCGAGCUGUUCUUCGGGUCGUCGGGUAGACUCUCCGAGUCUCGCCUGGAAGCUGCUGCAGGAGCCAGUCUGGACUUCACCGCACUUCAGCCAGCAGGCCGUCGCGGAUAUCGCCAGGAGAGACAAGGUGCGACGACGGCAGCGUGAGGACGACCAGCUGCCAGUCUUAGGCAUCGGACGUAGUUUGGCGACGCUGGGACGUAUGCACUUUUGCAUGCUGGGUAUGAGCGUUAUUGCAUUCUUCGCUGGGUUGAUGUUUGGCAGAGGUCCGAGACGACGGACAUGACAGCGAACCGAGGUAGACUUGUGGCUGGAUCUCUCACUGCUUUGGCGCCGUUGACGCAAUGUGUUCUCGGGGCACUCCAUCAAUGGAAGGGCUGAGGAGAGGCGACGCGAGAAGAGGCACGGCUCGAAUAGGAAAAGAGGGGGUGUGACCACAGAGCACCCGUGUGACCAGUAGGUCCUCUACGGUCGUAGCGUGAUCUAACAGGGAAGCGCGGUUCCUAGCCUUUUGUUGCCAGCGCUUGCGCUUGCCCGCCUUUGCUUACCUUGAUCCUCCUGCUUCCUCUCGCUCCCUCUGUCCUUCUCCAGUGCUCUAACGUUGCGUCGCCUCUCCAGGAAUUAUCAUCGUAGCGCGUUUCACAAAUGUUAAAUUUGCUAAUGCUGCUGGCAGCUAGCUAAUUUUUUUCGUUGUUGUCGCACCUGUAGUGCGCUUGCGCACAAUUUUCAACGUCUGAGCUUUCCCCCAGUAGGUGUGUGCACAGUGGGCAAUGGAGGCAUGCGGAUGGGAUUGGACGCGGAUGGGAUGGGAGGAUGGCUCGCCAUCUACGCAUUGCUGUGCAAGUGGAAAGCGCAGUGUCCUCCGCAGGCUUUGCCUUGCGAUGCUGGCAUGUGACAUUGUCUUUGUCUGGUGGCUCUGGCGACUAGUUGUUUCCCAGGCCUUGCUUGCGAGGAGGACUUCUUCAGCACCGUGCAAGGCAACAGGCCUUGCAGUAGUGUUUUCUGGGCCGGAGCGGGGGCCAGCAUGCACAUCGUCGUGCAGGAUCCCCAGAAGCAGCGUUCUGCUUGCGGACGGGAUAUUUUUGGCUGCUACUUUCGGCGAGGAGUCUGGGAGAGAGGUCUUGCAGAGCAUCAAGUGCCACAGGUUCACUAAAAUAUGAUCUGCACUUGCUCUGCAAGUCGUCACAUACUGUUGGAUAGCGCGUGUGAGCAGGUUCUCGAUGCUGCAGCUCGGAUGUUCCCGAAACAGCUCGUCUGAGAUGGUCCGAUGUGCCCGAG